CGCAUCAUUUUCCUUCUUAUAAAAGCCCCUCCGAACCCUCGUAGUUCUGUCUCUUCGAGAAGCCAGCCUUACUGACAGUCUCCACAAUCCACACACUCUCAAACAAACCCUCUCCAAACCCUAGCCUUCUUCUUUGUAGCCGUCCAUGGAGUUUUGGGGUGUUGAAGUCAAGGCAGGACAGCCACUAAAAGUAAAACCUGGCGAGGAUAAGGUCCUACAUCUUUCACAGGCAUCUCUGGGUGAGUUUAAGGCCAAGGGAAAUGAAUCCGUUCCUCUCUUGUUGAAGUUUGGUGAUCAGAAACUUGUCUUGGGAACCCUUUCCACAGAGAACUUCCCUCAGCUAUCUUUUGAUUUGGUUUUUGAAAAGGAGUUUGAGCUCUCUCACAACUGGAAACAUGGGAGUGUCUACUUUUUCGGCUACAAAGCUUUUACCCCAGAGGAGGAGGAUCAUGAUGAUUUUGAUUCUGAUUCAGAGGAUGAGUUGGAGGAUUUGCCUUUGAACAGCAUAGAUAAUGGUAAGGCUGGCUCAAUAGUUACAACUCAAAGCAUUGCUUCCAAGUCUGAGUCUUCUGAAAAGAAGGUUAAGCUUGUAGAACCAAAGAAAGAUGAUGAGGAUGAUGAUUCUAGUGAUCAGGAUGAGGAUGACGACGACGACGACGACGACGCAAUGUUAUUCGAGUCUGGUAAUGAGUCUGAUGAGGAGGAUGAAGAAACACCUAAGAAGGCUGAACUGGGCAAGAAGAGACCAUCUGAUUCUGCAACCAAAACUCCUGUUCCUGCUAAAAAGGCAAAAGCAGCUACUCCUCAAAAGACAGAUGGUAAGAAGGGUGUUCAUACAGCAACUCCGCAUCCUUCCAAGAAGGCUGGAAAGACUCCUGCUAAUAGUGAUCAAUCCAAGGCACAGACCCCAAAAUCUGCCGGCCAAUACUCUUGCAAAUCUUGCAGCAAGAGUUUCGGCUCAGAAACUGGACUUCAGUCUCACACAAAGGCCAAACACAGUGGCAAUUAAGUACUGGGUGACUUAAUUUAUCUUCAAUAUAUGGCUGUUGUACCAUGCUCUUGAUUUUUUUCAUGAGUCGGAUUAUAGAGCUGAGUUUUUAUUAGGGUUUUGCAUAGUACUCAAGAGUCGAAGAGUGGUUUCUAGUUGUUUUUGGAGAUGUCUUUCAGAAUUCAGUCCCAUCCCCAUUGUGUUUCUUGGACCUUUCUUAAAGGAGGUGAUUUUGUCUUU